AUGGAGCGCGACGCCAAGGCCGCCCGGCCCGAGCCCCGCUUCGAGGCCAACUUGGCCUCGACCCUCAAGACGCUGCUCUUCUUCACCACGCUGAUGAUCCUGCUGCCCAUCGGGCUCUACUUCUUCUCCAAGGCCUACCUCUUCGAGGGGCUCCUGGGCAUGUCGACCCGCGACGGCUACUUCUACAGCGCCGUGCUGGCCGUGCUGGCCGUGCACACCGUGCUGGCGCUCUUCGUCUACGCGGCCUGGAACGAGGGCGCGCGGCAGGGGCGCGCGGCCAAGCGGGACUGA